AUGUACACUCAGACCCUCUUUUCGCUCGCCGCUGUAGCGAGCACCGUACUCGCAGCGCCCCACAAGUAUGCCCGCGCCGAAGUCAAGUGCACCGUCGUCUUCGAUGGUCGUGUCCCGGUCAAUAGCACACCCACCUCUUUCGAUACCAGCAACGCUUUGUUCAACCCCGACUACGUCAAGGGCAACAACUUGACUUGGAGCCAGAUCCUCCAGUUCCCCAAGGACGCCUCUCGCUUUGACGGUAACAAGUUCAAGGCUGUCGAGGUUACCAUCUCGGACAAGUCGAUCUUCCAGAAGCAGAAUGGAUUCCGCCGCGCAGGCCUCCAGUUCGCCAAGGACGCGCCUGAUGGCGAGGGCGGCAAGGGUGUCAAGACGCUACACUGGAGCGUAAAGCAGGACCAGGCUAGGCCCUUGAACCUGACCCACGAGUACCUCAACGUGUGGCACGAGACUGCCGACUACUCAGCGAACCAGAUCCAGUUCCAGACAGGCUCGCUCAUCGGCAAGUCUGACGCAGACAAGAGCAACUUCAAGAUUCUUGACCGCAGCGGCAACUUCCUGUGGUCUGUUGGUAUCGACCAGAGGAACUGGCAGAACUUCGCCGUCAAGCUUGACUACAACCAGAAUGACAACAGCCAAGUUUCCAUCUACUACUCCAUUGGAAACUCCGAGCUGUCCGAAGUCGUGACCAACAAGACCGUCAACAUUGCCGGAGGUGGCCAAUUCCAGCUCGGCAUGCUCAAGAAGCCCACUGGAACUUCCGAUGUGGCCAACGCUGGUUACCAGUCUCCUAACCUCAACGAGGGCCAGAUUUACGGUGGUAUCUUCCUCGAGGACUCUGCCAACGGCUGUGUCUCCCGCUAA